UGAGGUCAGGAGUUCGAGACCAGCCUGACCAACAUGGAGAAACCCCGUCUCUACUAAAAAUACAAAAUUAGCCAGGUGUGGUGGCACAUGCCUGAGUAAUCCCAGCUACUUGGGAGGCUGAGGCAGGAGAAUUGCUUGAACCCGGGAGGUGGAUGUUGCAGUGAGCCAAGAUCACGCCAUUGCACUCCAGCCUGGGCAACAAGAGCAAAACUCUGUUUCAAAAAAAAAAAAAGAAAGAAAUACAAAAAUUAGCCGGGCAUGGUGGCUUGCGCCUAUAAUCCCAGCUACUCGGGAGGCUGAGGCAGGAGAAUCGCUUGAACCCCAGAGGCAGAGGUUGCAGUGUGCCAAGAUCAAACCACUGCACUCCAGCCUGGGCAACAGAGCGAGACUCCAUCUCAAAAAAAUAAAAUAGGCUGGGUGUGGUGGCUUACGCCUGUAGUCUCAGGAAUUUGGGAGGCCAAGGCGGGCAGAUCACCUGAGGUCAGGAAUUCGAGACCAGCCUGGCCAACAUGGCGAACGAACCCCCAUCUGUACUAAAAAUACAAAAAUUGCUCGGUGUGGUGGUGGGCACCUGUAAUCCCAGCUACUUGGGAGACUGAGGCAGGAGAACCGCUUGAACAUGGGAGGCAGAGGUUGCAGUGAGCCGAGAUCAUGCCACUGCCCUCCAGCCCAGGCAACAGAGCAAGACUCCGUCUCAAUAAAAUAAAAUAAAUAAAACACAUAAAUAAUUUUAAAAACCCACACAUCUGAUGUAAGAUUAAAGGAAGGUUUUUUUGUUUUGAGACAGGGUCUCCGUUUGUCACCCUGGCUGGAGUGCAGUGGCAUGACUUCGGCUCACUGCAACUUCCGCUUUCCAGGUUUAAGUGAUUCUCCUGUCUCAGCCUCCUGAGUAGCUGGGAUUACAGGUGCGCACUACCACACCUGGCUAAUUUUUGUAUUCUUGGUAGAGAUAGGGUUUCGUCAUGUUGUCCAGGCUAGUCUCGAACUCCUGACUUCAGGUGAUCCACCCGCCGUGGCCUCCCAAAGUGCUGGGAUUACAGGCAUGAGCCACCGUGCCUGGCCUUAAAGGAAGGCUUUUUAGAUGAAAUUAUGGAGGGUAGAUCAGAGGUGGAUUCCUGCAGGGGAAGGUCCCUUAUUGAUUGAUUGAUUGAUUGAGACUGAGUCUCUGUUGCUCAGGCUGGAGUGCAGUGGCACGAUCAUAGCUCACUGAAGCCUUGACCUCCCAGGCUCAAGUGAUCCUCCCCACUAAGCCUCUUGAGUAGCUGGGACCACAGGUGUGUGCCACUACACCUGGCUAAUUUUUUAAUUUUUUUGUAGAGCCAGGGUCUCACUUUGUUGCCCAGGCUGCUGUCAAAUUCUUGGACUUAAACAAUCCUCCUGCCUCGGUCUCCCAAAGCGCUGGGUGUGAGCCACUGCACCCGGCCUCCCUAACCUGUACAGGUCUGCAUUAUGUAGGGUGAUCAUGCACACUGUCCCUGCGACAGCCCGGGCAGUCAGCUGCUGUAGUCAUGCAUUGAGAAAGCCUCCAGGGCAGUGCUCUCAGCAUACGUGGAAAUCAAAAUUGCUCCCAGAGAAGCAAGUGCCCUCCGCACAAGGCUGGAUUUACGUUCUCUGGGCCUGGAGGCCAAGGGAGCUCCAGAGGGGAGACUGAUCACUAUUACAUCCUGUCUGAGACCAGGCCACCCAAGCUUCCCUCACCCUCCACCAGAGGUCCCCCACCUCCCGCCAGGAGACUCGGCUCCAUGCCCUGUCCCUGCGGAGCCUUGGCCUGCCUCCCGGGUUUGCAGUUGUGAUUUAUUUUUGGCACGUUAGCCUCCGGUCAUCAAAUAGCAAAACCCAAAACAACAGCAGAUGAUAUCUUCCAAGUGUCUGCUCAGGACUCGGCUUCAGCCCUCUGUGGUCCCCUCUCCCCGGGGGCUUUGGGAUUCUUGUCAAGCUCCUUCAAGAGCCUGCAAGCACUUAACCAGCCACCCAGAGUUCCCUCACUGAAGAUCUGAGCAUGACCCGGGACGAGGCACUGCCGGACUCUCAUUCUGCACAGGACUUCUAUGAGAAUUAUGAGCCCAAAGAGAUCCUGGGCAGGGGCGUUAGCAGUGUGGUCAGGCGAUGCAUCCACAAGCCCACGAGCCAGGAGUACGCCGUGAAGGUCAUCGACGUCACCGGUGGAGGCAGCUUCAGCCCGGAGGAGGUGCGGGAGCUGCGAGAAGCCACGCUGAAGGAGGUGGACAUCCUGCGCAAGGUCUCAGGGCACCCCAACAUCAUACAGCUGAAGGACACUUAUGAGACCAACACUUUCUUCUUCUUGGUGUUUGACCUGAUGAAGAGAGGGGAGCUCUUUGACUACCUCACUGAGAAGGUCACCUUGAGUGAGAAGGAAACCAGAAAGAUCAUGCGAGCUCUGCUGGAGGUGAUCUGCACCUUGCACAAACUCAACAUCGUGCACCGGGACCUGAAGCCCGAGAACAUUCUCUUGGAUGACAACAUGAACAUCAAGCUUACAGACUUUGGCUUUUCCUGCCAGCUGGAGCCGGGAGAGAGGCUGCGAGAGGUCUGCGGGACCCCCAGUUACCUGGCCCCUGAGAUUAUCGAGUGCUCCAUGAAUGAGGACCACCCGGGCUACGGGAAAGAGGUGGACAUGUGGAGCACUGGCGUCAUCAUGUACACGCUGCUGGCCGGCUCCCCGCCCUUCUGGCACCGGAAGCAGAUGCUGAUGCUGAGGAUGAUCAUGAGCGGCAACUACCAGUUUGGCUCGCCCGAGUGGGAUGAUUACUCGGACACCGUGAAGGACCUGGUGUCCCGAUUCCUGGUGGUGCAACCCCAGAACCGCUACACAGCAGAAGAGGCCUUGGCACACCCCUUCUUCCAGCAGUACGUGGUGGAGGAAGUGCGGCACUUCAGCCCCCGGGGGAAGUUCAAGGUGAUCGCUCUUACCGUGCUGGCUUCAGUGCGGAUCUACUACCAGUACCGCCGGGUGAAGCCUGUGACCCGGGAGAUCGUCAUCCGAGACCCCUAUGCCCUCCGGCCUCUGCGCCGGCUCAUCGACGCCUACGCUUUCCGAAUCUAUGGCCACUGGGUGAAGAAGGGGCAGCAGCAGAACCGGGCAGCCCUUUUCGAGAACACACCCAAGGCCGUGCUCCUCUCCCUGGCUGAGGAGGACUACUGAGGGGCUGGCCAGUCAGGGAGGGCUAGGGGGCAGGUGGGGAGGGGAAGCCACGGAAAUACAAGUCAAAGGGGUGAGACGCGUGCAGACCUCUGCAGAAGGAGCACUUGGCCCUGGCCAGGAACCCCUGGGGCUGAGGCCAUGAUCCCCUCUCAAAGGCUGUGCACAAGGGAAGCGGGUGUUCCCACCACACAGCAAUACCUGCAGGCUGGGGCAGGCCCUGGGUGGGCAGAGAUCACACGUGGCCUGAGAACCAGGAACCCCCUGCUCCUCCACUUCCUAGAUGAGCCACCAUCUCCAUUUCUCUUUAGGGGAGGCCCAGAGUUACUGACACUCAGGCUUUCUUCCCUUAGGGUCACAGGGUGAGGAUCAAAGACACACAAAUGUCUGAGAUACACAAUUGCAGGAGAUUUUAUUGGCCCCAUGACAUCCAGUGACAGUGUGGGAGCAGGCUACUCUCCAGGGACAUGUUUUUGGAGGCAUAUGGAGAAGGGGGCCCAGGCGAGGUGGCUCACACCUGUAAUCCCAGCACUUUGGGAGGUCGAGGUGGGAGGAUCGCUUGAGGCCAGGAGUUCGAGACCACCCUGGGCAACAGAGUGAGAUCCCAUCACUACAAAAAUUCAAAAAAUUAGCCAGGCAUGGUGGUGCACACUUGUAGUCCCAGCUACUCAGGAGGCUGAGGUGGGAGAAUUGCUUGGGCCCAGGAGUUCAAGGCUACAGUGAGCCGUGAUCACCACUGCACUCUAGCCUGGGCAACAGAGAAAGACCCUGUCUCAAAAAAAAAAAAAAGAAUAGGAAGCUUCUGAUAUUUGUCUUUCUGGAGUACUAUUUGCUUUGUGAUUCCCACAAUGCACUGCUUCACUUAGUACAUCAUCUGGUUCUCCCAGACCCUUUUAGGACUGAACUGUGCUUUAAAUAGUUACAUGUUUGCCUGUUACACAGUGGAAACUAGUUUCCUUCAGAGGGACACGAAACCACAGAUGAGGCCACGAAGAAAGCAUUCUCCUUCCACAGCAACUGGCUGAGAAAACAGAACCAGGAAAAUUCUGCCUUGAGGAAACAAUGUCAGCUUCCUGAAUCAUCCAGGGAGAAAGGGGGAGAGAAUAGAUUUUAAAAUGCUUAACAAA